UAGGAAAUAACAAAGAAUAUUAUGUUCUCAUUGCGACAAAUAUUACGAUGUGGAACGCGACUAGCUUUCGCAAAAGAACCUAUAAAGUUACAUCAGAUCGCAAUAAUUCGAAAAGAAAAAUUCAAUGUCAAUCGUUACGAACGUGCUUUCGUACAUACAGGUACAAACCUUUGUGAAGCACCUCAAGAAAGUAACAACGAGCAGGAUAAGAAAAAAGUGCUUGGAAAAGUCGAGGGGAAGAUAAAAGUGAUGUUUACAUGUAAAAAGUGCAAUUAUCGGAAUGGGAAAAUUAUAUCGAAAAUAGCUUAUGAAAAAGGAGUAGUUAUAAUUCGUUGUGACGGUUGUAAAAAUAAUCAUUUGAUAGCUGAUAAUCUUGGAUGGUUUGCGGAACUGAGGAAUAAGAAUAACAUCGAAAAACUAAUGGCGGCAAAAGGGGAGACCGUUCGAAAGGUGCAAAAUGACAUCGAUGGUUACAUCGAGAUUGUCGCUAAAGCUGAAAAUGACUUGAUACAACAUAAUAAAGGGUGGAAACAAGAUUUAUCCGACGAACAAAUAGACGAGCCACGUGUUCAGUAUAAAAAAGUGGGAACACCAGAGGAAACAUAGGGAGUAUUGUUGAAGGGAAGACUCUUUAUUUUGACAAAGUAAAUACGAGUGUAAAUACUUCUAAAUUUAUUGUAUACUAUGUG